AUGUGCCUUACCAGCUCAGGCACUAGAGGAGGCCAGAGCAGCAUAGGACAUAAUCUGUGCCAGGGAAUUCAGAGCUACAGAGGAAUACGAAGCCAAGACGUAGAACAAGUAAAAUUACUUGACCGAUUCAGUACCAGCAACAAGUCAUUAACAGGAACACUCUAUCUUACGGCCACACAUCUAUUAUUUAUAGACUCUCAUCAAAAAGAAACCUGGAUAUUACACCACCAUAUUGCCUCAGUAGAGAAACUUGCUUUGACUACUUCUGGAUGUCCCCUUGUGAUUCAGUGCAAGAACUUCAGAACCGUGCAUUUCAUUGUUCCCAGAGAAAGAGAUUGCCAUGAUAUUUACAACUCUUUGCUACAACUGUCAAAACAAGCAAAAUAUGAAGAUCUCUAUGCAUUUUCUUAUAAUCCCAAACAAAAUGAUUCAGAACGACUACAAGGCUGGCAGCUCAUUGAUCUCGCUGAGGAGUAUAAGAGGAUGGGAGUGCCAAAUUCUCACUGGCAGUUGUCUGAUGCCAAUCGGGACUAUAAGAUAUGUGAAACGUACCCCAGAGAACUGUAUGUUCCCCGGAUAGCAAGCAAACCCAUCAUUGUUGGUAGUUCCAAGUUCCGGAGCAAGGGAAGAUUCCCAGUUCUUUCCUACUAUCAUCAAGAUAAGGAGGCUGCCAUUUGUCGAUGUAGUCAACCACUCUCUGGAUUCAGUGCCAGGUGCCUGGAGGAUGAACAUUUGCUUCAAGCCAUUAGUAAAGCCAAUCCAGUUAAUCGCUAUAUGUAUGUCAUGGAUACCAGGCCAAAACUGAAUGCAAUGGCCAACAGAGCAGCUGGAAAAGGUUAUGAAAAUGAAGACAACUAUUCCAAUAUUAGAUUUCAGUUUGUUGGAAUUGAAAAUAUUCAUGUCAUGAGGUCCAGCCUUCAGAAAUUAUUGGAAGUCAAUGGCACUAAAGGGCUUUCCGUCAAUGAUUUCUACUCUGGUUUGGAGAGCUCAGGAUGGCUUCGCCAUAUCAAAGCUGUUAUGGAUGCUGCAAUCUUCUUGGCCAAAGCAAUAACAGUUGAAAAUGCAAGUGUGCUGGUGCAUUGUUCCGACGGUUGGGAUAGGACUUCCCAGGUUUGUUCCCUGGGUUCUCUUUUAUUGGAUUCCUACUACAGGACAAUCAGGGGAUUCAUGGUUUUAAUAGAAAAGGAUUGGAUCUCUUUUGGACAUAAAUUUUCAGAGAGGUGUGGCCAUUUGGAUGGUGACCCAAAGGAAGUCUCACCAGUGUUUACUCAGUUCUUGGAAUGUGUGUGGCAUUUGACCGAACAGUUUCCACAAGCCUUUGAAUUCAGUGAAGCAUUUCUUCUUCAGAUCCAUGAACAUAUUCAUUCAUGCCAGUUUGGAAACUUCCUUGGAAAUUGUCAAAAGGAAAGAGAAGAGCUCAAGUUGAAGGAGAAGACUUAUUCUCUGUGGCCGUUUCUUUUGGAAGACCAAAAGAAGUAUUUAAAUCCUCUCUACAGUUCCAAAUCUCACAGAUUUACAGUUUUGGAGCCAAAUACAAUAUCUUUCAAUUUUAAGUUUUGGAGGAACAUGUACCACCAAUUUGAUCGAACACUGCAUCCUAGGCAGUCUGUAUUUAAUAUAAUUAUGAAUAUGAAUGAGCAAAAUGAACAAUUAGAGAAAGAUAUUAAAGACCUAGAAUCUAAAAUUAAACAGCGCAAAAAUAAGCAAACAGAUGGCAUCCUCACCAAGGAAUUGUUGCAUUCAGUUCAUCCUGAAUCACCUACCCUCAAAACUUCCCUGUGUUUUAAAGAGCAGACUCUGCUACCCGUAAAUGAUGCUCUUCGAACUAUAGAGGGCAGCAGCCUGGCAGAUAAUCGUUAUAGUGAAUAUGCAGAAGAGUUUUCUAAAUCAGAACCUGCUGUGGUCAGCUUAGAGUAUGGUGUGGCAAGAAUGACCUGUUAGGCUCCUAGAGUUUUUUCUGCAAUGAUUGCAAUACAAGAAAAGGAUUAUUGUGAGGAUGGUCUGUAAGCAUGACCAAGAGGAAUUUGUCUAAUAACAAUUUUAGGGUUUAACAGUAGGCUAAUAGUUGAAGGAAGGAUAAUAACUGCCCUUGUGAGAGAGAUAAGUCAUUUGAAUUGCAUUUCCAGCAAGGAAUGACAUUCAAUUCUGUAAGAAAUGGGUGGUAUUUGAUGUAUUUACUCAAAACACAAUUUGCACUGUACACUAAGGAAUUGACAUUUAUGAUUUAUGUUAAUUCAGCCAAACAUAAAUAGCCUUCCUUAAGUACAAUUUAACUUCAAGAAAACAAAAUUUGACAACAUAGUUUCUUAAUAAAUGAUAUGGCAUGUGCUUUCAAUUAUGUAGCUUUGUAACUAUGAAUAUUUACAUAUUUUGCCUUUUAGUGAUAUUUAAUGUUGAAGUGCCAUGAAAAAUAUUUCUAAGAAAGCCUUAAAUUCCCAGUGGAUUCUUUACCCUUACGUUUUACAGCCUACAACAAGAUUUUUUGUUUUGUUUUUCUUUUGGUCAGCCUUGUUUUGUUUGUAAAGAAUUGUGCUCUCAUUACUGCUGGGGUUGCAUGCUACAAUACUUCUAUAUAAACACUUGUAGAAGUACACUGUUCACAUUUAGCCUGCCCCACUUUCGUAUUCAAAAUUAAUGAAACUGAAGGUUUAUUCUGAUCAUAAUUUGUUUAGUGCUAUUUGGUAAUUUAUUAUUUACAGCUUAGACAGAUUAUUGAUUUCUUGAAUACGUAUAAGCACAUUUGACUGUCUUUUAUAUAUGGAUUACUGCAUUCCAUUGAUUCUUAUUUUGUGGUUGGCUUUAUUUCUUUCACAACUAUGUAAGUUUAAAGAGCUAAAGCUCUAAAACUGUUCUUAGAAACAAUGAAUAGUAUAUGUAUACGUAUAUUUUUUAACUGCCUUAUUGCUCAAUGAGUUGCUGUUCCUGGAGUAUCUAACUUUCAGUUUACCCAAAAACUUUUGGGUAAAUAAAAAAGAGAAGUAUAGAUAGUUUAGGUUGUGCAUGGUUGCAUGAAUUUUGAAGUCAUUUUUAUGGGGAACAUUAUUUUUCUUCUUGUUAAAUAUAGAAAAAAAGAAAAAGAGAUUCUACUACAAAGUCAUUGUUUAACAAAAGCAACUUACACUCUGGGAAAGAUUUCAUUUUGCCAUGUUAUGUUUACUGUUUAUUCUGUUUAUUAAAGUACAUAUCUUUAAAUUACCAAAAAACAAACAACAAAACAUAAAAACCCCAAAACUAUCACUUGGAAUUAGCAAUAUCACCCAACUGGCUUUAAAACUGAAAAUUUAAAUAACAUGGUGGCAUGAGGUACAAUUUGAGUAUUAGGCAGUUUGCAUAGGGUCCCUCAUGCUGCUUUGUGUUACACCUCUAUUAUAUUAGUUUUGAACAUAAACAUCUUUUUCAGACCAAAAAAAAAAGCUUUAUUGUAUGAGAGCUUAUCUAAUCCUGUUUAUUUUUCCAAUGCUUUUCUGUAAUACAUUAUGUAAUUUAAAAAAUACUCCUUUUUAAACAGCAACAGAAAUGCACUAUAAAAUAUAGUAUGUGAUUAACCAAUACUGCUUCCAUAUUUAAGCACUGGGAAUGGAAACUUAAUCUCUGUGACUACAAAGGGAAGUUUUUGUGCCUUGGUGUUCCAGUCACUGAUUGUGGUUUUAGAAUCUUCUGUGGCUGACUUCUUGUAUUCAACUCUGGUUUAUUAUCUUAAUCUUCAACUUUAGACAUAUAUUUGUGUGUUUAUAUGCUCACAGGUGGACUGAGAAAUCAGUUACAUCGUAAGUGACCUACAGGAUAUAUGUUGGCAAAAGCAGACUGUGUAUGUCCUAUAAAGUUGGAUUUAUGUUCAGUGUGUUUGGAAGUGUAUAGCAUGUAAAUUAUUUCAUAUAUUAUUUAAAGGUAAUUAAAUGUUCACAUUUUACUUUGAAUGUUUUUCUUCUGGAUGAAACAAAUAGAAUCAA